AUGGCGGAUCUCUCUCUUCCUCCUGAUUCUCUUUUCCUCGGAUUCGACAGCUCUACCCAGUCCUUGAAAGCAACUGUGUUGAACUCAGAGCUCAACAUAGUGACGACAGAACUCGUUCAUUUCGAUUCUGAGCUUCCUCAUUACAAAACCAAAGAUGGGGUUUACAGGGACGAUACUGUCAAUGGCAGAAUUGUGUCCCCUACUCUCAUGUGGGUGGAAGCACUAGAUCUCAUUCUCCAGAAGCUCUCCAAGUCAAUUCUCGAUUUCAAAAGAGUCGUUGCGGUUUCUGGAAGUGGCCAGCAACAUGGUAGUGUGUACUGGCAAAAGGGUAGUUCCGAGAUACUGAGAUCGUUAGAUUCCAAGAGACCUCUCAAGGAACAACUCGAGAACGCUUUCUCAGUCAAGGAAUCUCCUAUAUGGAUGGAUAGUAGCACUACUAUGCAGUGUAAAGAGAUAGAGAAUGCUGUGGGAGGAGCUAUGGAGUUGUCACAGAUCACUGGCUCACGUGCUUAUGAACGGUUCACCGGUCCACAGAUACGGAAGCUUUUUACCGAACAGGCGGACACUUUUAAGAGCACGGAGCGGAUAUCUCUUGUUAGCUCCUUCAUGGCGUCUUUGUUGAUUGGAGAUUAUGCUUCUAUUGAUGAAACUGAUGGAGCUGGGAUGAAUUUGAUGGAUAUAAAGAAAAGAUGUUGGUCUAAAGCUGCUUUAGAGGCUACAGCUACAGGUUUGGAGGAAAAACUUGGAAAAUUAGCUCCAGCUUAUGCUACUGCUGGUUUCAUUUCUCAGUAUUUUGUUGAGAGGUUUGGUUUUGAAAAUAAUUGUUUGGCGGUGCAGUGGUCAGGAGACAAUCCUAAUAGCUUGGCAGGUCUAACUCUUAGCACUCCUGGAGAUCUGGCGAUCAGUCUUGGGACAAGUGACACGGUAUUUGGGAUCACCAAAGAACAUCAACCCAGUCUUGAGGGCCACGUGCUUCCUAAUCCUGUGGACCCUGAGAGUUACAUGGUAAUGUUGGUUUACAAGAAUGCUUCUCUCACCCGUGAAGAAAUUCGUGACCGUUGCGCUGAGGGGUCUUGGGAUGUUUUUAAUAAGUAUUUGCAGCAAACACAGCCACUAAAUGAUGGGAAACUCGGCUUCUACUACACUGAGAAUGAAAUUCUCCCCCCACUUCCCGUUGGCUCUCAUCGGUACAUUCUUGAGAACUUCUCUGUUGAGUCUCUUCAGGGUCGGAAGGAACGAGAGGUCGAUGCGUUCGACCCUCCCUCAGAGGUUAGGGCAUUGAUUGAAGGUCAGUUUCUUUCAAAGCGGGCUCAUGCGGAGAGAUUUGGUAUGCCUUCCCCUCCAAUCAGAAUAAUAGCCACCGGAGGUGCAUCUGCUAAUGAGAAUAUUCUCAGUCUGAUCUCGGCAAUCUUUGGAUGUGAUGUAUAUACUGUCCAAAGGCCUGAUUCCGCAUCACUUGGAGCUGCACUGAGAGCUGCUCAUGGCUGGCUCUGCAACAAAAAAGGAAGUUUCGUGCCCAUCUCAUAUCUUUACGAGGGGAAAUUGGAGACAACAUCUCUGAACUGCAAGCUCAAGGUAAAAGCAGGAGAUGAGAACGUGGCUUCUAGUUACGGUUUGUUGAUGAAACAGAGGAUGGAGAUAGAGAAGAAGCUUGUGGAGAAGUUAGGUCACUUCUGA